AUGGUUCUCGAUUCCAGAGAUCCAUAUGUCGCCAUCGGAAUAACCGGAGUCGUCUGCGGCAUCCCCACAUUCCUCACAACCGUCUACCGUUUUUAUAUCCGCCAAUCUCGAUACUGGGCCGACGACCUCCUCGUCCUCCUUGCCGGCCUAUGCAUGUUUCUUGGUGGUGUUAGUACAUUCAUCCACAUCACGAUUUCCCCCGGUCGGUCAAAACAGGGGAUGGUAGCGGUCUAUUACCUGAUGGCGACGAUGUAUUACGGUGUUCUCUGGUUCUCUAGGUUGAGCAUGCUGUUCUCGAUCAUUCGAAUCCAUCCCGGGUGUGCGCUCGGAUUUGGACACAGGUUCAGCACGAAGAGGAUGUUAUACGGCGUCUCUGUGGCAUUCUCUGCCAUCCUUGUUUUCCUCUUGUGUCAAGUAUUCUGGGUGUGCGAACCUGAGAACGCUAUAACGAAGUGGAAGGAUGCAGAGAGACCACAGUGUGCGUUGACGAAGCAAAUCGCAACCACCCAAGUUAUCGCGGACUUCUCAUCGGAUUUGAUUCUCGUUCUCGUCCCACUCCAACUCAUCCAGUCCCUGUCUUCCCGCACGCUUCGUCAUCGACUCACAUGGAUCUUUUCCACGGCUAUCAUCACGACAGCCGCCUCAAUCCCUCACGCUGUCUUCAUCAUCAAACAAAUGGGUCCCCAAGAGAUCAUCGCCGCAUACGUCCAGGCAUGCAUAGGACUCAUCGUGUGCAACCUCCCCGUCGUAGCUACGAGAUUGAUUACAUUAUGGUCAACCCGAGUCGGCCAAACGAGCCAGGUUAACGUUGGGCGAUCAAAAAUGACCUGUACUUCUAUCAAUUUCGUUUCACCAGGAGGAACGCAGACACGGCCCAACACGAACAUGCAGAGUAAUAACGUUCGUAGUGGGGCAUCGAACGCCGCCGCGAAUACCCUGGAGAUCGAUACUACGAUGACAACCGGCGGAGCCCUGUCUGGCUCAGGUUGGCUCCGAUGGGAUCCAGAUCUUCCAGACGAGUAUUCAAAUCCUUCCUCACCAGCUCAUACUUCUCAGGAUGUACACCCAGUUCCUGUUCAUCUCGACUACCGUUCGCCUCAUUGUGAGGAGGAAGAUCCAGGUAUAGGUGAAUACCAACUUCACCCACACAUAAACUACCACUCCGAAGGACGGCCAAAGGCAAAACCCUCGUCGUCGGUGUCGGUGUCGUUCUACCCUCCGCCUCCAGAACCCAUAUUCACUCCUCAACUCAAACAUGAUUUAUGA